AUGUACAAGCACAUGCGUGCAAAGGAAACCGACAUGUGCCGCUUCCUUGUAAGGGAUCGUGUCGGCACCUGCAAAGAUGCCUGGGCGCCCACAUGUGCUUCCCCACUGCGACUCCUCCACAUCAUCGAGCGGUCAGGAGUUUGCAUCCAAUACGAGAUCGCGGAGCUCGGUCUGACACGCAGGGGCCUGCUCCUCACCACAGAUCUGCACGUGGUGGCACGGGAUCGCGUGAUUGCAGUCGAGAUACCCACGGAGAAGAUGCAGGAGAUGCAAAAAGGCAUCAAGGAGACUUUGGCCAGCUUCCACUUGACCCACGUCAAGUUCAAAAACGGGCAGCACUCCCCCCUCGUCAAGCAGGAGAUUCGAUGGUGCAACGGUUUGCUUGCGGCACUCGUUGCGGCAUUCACUGCGCAGAGGUACCAGCAGGAGGUGAAGGAGCAGGCAGACAGAAAAGGUAUAGCAGCUCUGGUGCGAGACUCGAAAUGUGAACAAGUCAAGGCAGUCCAGGACGAAGUGUUGCCCAAGCAUGGCCUGGCAGCUGAGGACUAUGACUGGAGAACCAUCCAGUGGAAGCUUUGGUUCUAUGGCCUCCUGGACGACAGCAACGUCAGGUUGGCCAACGAGGCGAUGCUUGCGUCGCAAGUCAGGAUCUGUGGCCUGCUUCCGUGGAAGAAGGCAGGGAUCACAUCACACGACGUUCAGGUGAACGAGUGA